AUGUCCCAACUGCCCGAGGAAGCAUCUUGUAAGGUUCAAAGCCAAAAGCCUGUUAAUAAAGGAAACUUGCCCUCUGAAGAAGUCUGGAAAGGUUUUUUUCUUCUUUGUCAUUGUAAAUGCUUCCCUGUCAGCCCACCAGUGAGAGGUUUCAAUGCUUUGAUACGUGCUGGUCAAACUUCAGACAUGGAAGUCUUGCUGUAUAGUUAUGUUAGAGGUUUUCUUAGUUUCCGUAUAUGUAACCAUACCUUUAUUAUUACAAUAGAUGGGUAUAGGAGCCCGUAUAAUUGGAAACACAUCAGCCGAUUUUUUUUUUUUUUGCAAACUAUUAAAUCAAAACAUUAA